AUGUGUAUGGAGGCUUAUCUUCAAGGUCAAGACCUUUGGGAUCCUGUCGCUGGUGCUGAAGCAGAAAUUCCUGCAAAUACUCCGAAAAAUGCGGAAUCACGGAGAAAAUGGAAAAUCAAAUGUGGUAAAGCUCUCUUUGCUUUAAGGAUGUCAAUUGGCAAAAAACUCAUCCAUCACGUACGUGAUGUUAGUUUACCAAAAGAAGUUUGGGUGAUACUUGAGAGAUUGUUCGGUAAAAAUAAUACCGCUAGGUUACAGCUGCUAGAAAAUGAAUUGGCAAUGCUAUCGCUGGGAGGAAUGUCUAUUUCUGGAUAUUUCUUACGAGUCAAAAGUAUUUGUGCUGAAAUUUCAGAAUUAGAUCCGGAGGAGAAAAUCGGUGAAGCAAGAUUGCGACGAUUUCUUAUUCGAGGAUUGAAGAAGGAGUACAAUCCGUUCGUCACCUCCAUUCAAGGUUGGGCAAAGCAACCUUCAGUUGAAGAAUUUGAAAAUUUGCUUUCCAACCAAGAGGCAUUGGCAAAGCAAAUGGCAAAAAGCUUCGAAUCAGAUCCCGUUCUCUUCUCAAAGGAUAAACAUAAAAAGAAAAUCACAUCAACUGGGAGCAAGAACAAUGAAAAAAGAUCAAAUAGUGAAAAAGCUACUGGUGGCAACUUUGAAAAUAAAAAGUGCUAUAGAUGUGGUAUAAUUGGGCACAUCAAGAAAAAUUGUAAAGUGAAGCUCUCAAAUGCAAAUGUUGCAAAGUUGCGUCAACAUAACAGAGAUCGAGUUGUUGUUACAGCGAAUAAUUCAGUAUAUCCAGUAGCUAAAGAAGGAGUCCUGAAGUUUUAUGUUGGAGAUAGAUGGACUGUCAUGUUGAACGACUAUCGUGCUCCAGGUUUGAAGAGAAAUCUAGUUUCAGUUUCUCAAAUUAUUGAUUCUGGAAAAUAUAUUUUGUUUGGUCCAAAUGAUGUGAAGGUUCUUGAUAACGUAAAGAAUAUAACUGUUGAUGUUAUUCUUGCCUGUGAAAAGAAGGGUUCUUUAUUUUUCAUGGCAGUAGGGGAAGCCUAUGUGAAGAAGACAAGUCAAAUAGAUAGCGCAAUAAUUUGGCAUCCUCGACUGAGACACUUGGGAUACCAUUUGUUACGGCAAAUUUCUUCAAAGAAAUUGGUGGAUGAUGAUGUUUCAAGAUAUACGUGGGUGAAAUUCUUGAAAGAAAAGAGUGAAGCUUUGUCAAAACUUGCUGAAUUUAAAACUAUUAUGGAGAAGGAAUUUGGGGUGAAAAUUAAAUGCUUGCAUAGCGAUAAUGGAGGCGAAUAUAUGUCAAAUGAUUUCUUCAAAUACUGCGAUGAUAAUGGUAUUCGAGACAAAUGA